UUGCAAAAUGUACUCACUUGAAGAUUUAUGUUGAAAAGAUUUUGAGACUAAUGUAAGUCUCUUGUUAUAAUUAAGAAGAAUUUAAUUAAGAUUUAACAAUGUGGUAUAUUACAUGCCACUUCUGCAAGGAAACAUUGAGAAAUAGUGUUAAAAUUAUUUGUAGGACAACCUCAGUGGCUGCUAAUGCUAAUAAAAGCAACGAGCUAGUGCUCUUAGGUCAGAAAUAUGGAACAGAUGAUUGGACGAAUGUUACUCCAAAUAUCAUUGCUAAAUUGGGAAGAAAUCUGCAUGUUCAACAAUACCAUCCACUCUCGCAUUUAAGACAGCGCAUUAUGAAUUACUUUUAUGGGCAGUUUCGCAAUAAAAGUGGGACUCCAUCGUUCAGUAUUUAUGAUAAUAUAAGUCCCAUAGUUACGGUUGAGCAAAAUUUCGAUUCUCUUCUUGUACCAAAGGAUCAUCCAAGUAGAAAAAAGACUGAUUGUUACUUCAUAAAUCAAGAUACAUUACUGAGAGCGCAUACCACUGCCCAUCAGGCAGAACUGAUUGCAAUGGGAUUGAAUAAUUUUCUCGUUAUUGGUGAUGUGUACCGACGUGAUGAAAUUGAUAGCACGCACUAUCCGAUUUUUCACCAGAUUGACGCAGUCAGACUGCGUACGUCACAAGAGAUAUUUCGUGACGUAAAGGAUUCCGAAAAUCUGAAAUUGUUUGAACAUAGGGGGAUAGAAAGUGUCGAGAAACAGGCUUGUCACAGUUUAGAAGCGGUGAAAAUAAUGGAACAAGAAAUGAAAAAUACUCUAACUAAUCUAACGAAAACUUUAUUUGGAAAAGAUGUGCAGUGCCGAUGGGUUGAUCAAUAUUUCCCAUUUACCCAUCCAUCAUGGGAGCUAGAAAUAUUGUAUAAUGACAAUUGGCUUGAAAUAUUGGGCUGUGGUAUUAUGCGUCAGGAAAUUCUUCACAGAGCCGGUGCUGUAGAUCAAAUUGGAUGGGCAUUUGGUCUUGGCUUGGAACGUUUGGCUAUGCGUUUAUAUAAUAUUCCAGAUAUAAGAUUAUUUUGGAGCAAUGACGCUGGUUUUCUAAAUCAGUUCAAAGUGGACAAUCCUAAUGCACAUAUACAAUAUAAGCCUGUUAGUAUAUAUCCUCCUUGUACAAACGACAUAAGUUUUUGGUUGCCUGGAGAAGAAAGUUAUUCUUCUCAUGAUUUUUAUGAUAUAGUUAGAGAAAUAGGUGGUGAUAUCAUUGAACAGAUCUUGCUGAAGGAUAAAUUCAUACAUCCAAAGACUAAGAAAACGUCUCAUUGCUAUAGCAUAGUGUAUAGACACAUGGAACGUACUUUGACUCAGGGUGAAGUCAAUAAAAUUCAUGAACAAGUUGAAAAAGCAGCAGUUGCUAAACUUAAUGUAAUUAUUAGAUAAAAUUAAUAAAAUGUUUCUUUAACAAUAAA